AUGUCGGCAAAGCUCCCCCGGGUCCCGUUGGGACAGCAGGGCAUGAUGGUGUCCGCCCAGGGCUUGGGCUGCAUGGGCAUGAGCGCCGCUUAUGGGGGAUACGAGGGCGAGGAAGCGCAGUCGGAGGCCCUGGCUGUCAUCGACAGGGCGCUGGAACUCGGGUGCACGUGCCUGGACACCGCGGAAGUUUACGGCCCGUACACGAACGAGGAGCUUGUCGGGCGUGCAAUCAAGGGCAGAGCCGAUCAAUUUCAAGUCUGCACGAAAUUCGGCUUCAAAUUUGGGGAUGGCCAGUUUACGGGUUUCGACUCGACUCCAGCCAAUGUGCGGAAAGUCUGUGAGGAGAGCAUGAAGCGGCUUGGGGUCGAUUGCAUCGAUCUCUUCUACCAGCACCGUGUGGAUCCCAAUACGCCCAUUGAAGACACCAUCCGUGAAUUGAAGGCUCUUGUGGAAGAGGGCAAGGUGAAGUACAUUGGUCUUUCAGAGGCAAGUGCUGCAGACAUCCGGAAGGCACACGCCAUUCAUCCCAUCACCGCAUACCAGCUGGAGUGGUCACUGUGGACAAGAGAUGCAGAGAAGGAGAUCAUACCCACCUGCAGGGAACUGGGUAUCGGCCUUGUUGCUUACAGCCCCCUUGGGAGAGGUUUCUUGACUGGGGCAAUAGCAAAGCCAGAUGACCUAAGCGAGGAUGACUGGCGACGAUCGAACCCGCGGUUCACUGCUGAAGCAAUGGAAAAGAACAAGGUCUUGGUCGACAAAGUGAGGGCGAUUGCUGAGAAGAAGGGUUGCACAGCUGCCCAGGUGGCACUAGCGUGGGUGCACCACCAAGGGAGUGAUGUGGUGCCGAUCCCUGGCACAAAGAGGGUCAAAUACCUGCUAGACAACAUUGGUGCUUAUAACGUGAAGCUUUCGGCAGAAGAUAUGGAGGAGUUGAAUUUUGCAGGGGAAGGCGUUGCUGGUGAUCGUUACACCACUGAGCACAUGAAGGCCUUUACGUUCCACUAUGGCGCAGCCAACGUUUGA